AUGGCCGCCGCCCUUCUCCUCUCCUCCCGCCUCCCCAAGAGCACGGCCAUCGCCUCCGCCUCCGCCGCCGCUCCCCGCCCCACACUGUGUCCGCGCUUCCUCUCCUUCCCCCUCACAACCGCCAAGGCUUGCCGCCGCCGCGGGGGAUGUAGUAUCCUCGCCUCCUCUGCGACGUCGCCCUCCCCGGCCGCGGCCCAGCCUUUCCGCUCCCUGCCCCCCUCCGAGACCACCGUCCUCGUCACCGGCGCCACGGGCUACAUCGGCCGCUUCGUCGUCCGCGAGCUGCUCCGCCGCGGCCACCGCGUCGUCGCCGUCGCCCGGCCCCGCAGCGGCGUCCGCGGCAAGAACUCCCCCGAGGAGGUCGUCUCCGACCUCGCCCCCGCCCGCGUCGUCUUCUCCGACGUCACCGACCCGGGCGCCCUCCUCGCAGACCUCUCCGACUCGGGACACGGUCCCGUGCACGCCGCGGUCUGCUGCCUCGCCAGCCGCGGCGGCGGGGUGCAGGACUCGUGGCGCGUCGACUACCGCGCCACGCUCCACACCCUCCAGGCCGCGCGCAGCCUCGGCGCCGCCCACUUCGUGCUCCUCUCCGCCGUCUGCGUCCAGAAGCCGCUGCUCGAGUUCCAGCGCGCCAAGCUCAGGUUCGAGGGCGAGCUCGCCGCCGAGGCGGCCCGGGACCCGGCCUUCACCUACAGCGUCGUCCGCCCCACCGCCUUCUUCAAGAGCCUCGGCGGCCAGGUCGAGGCCGUCAAGAAGGGCAACCCCUACGUCAUGUUCGGCGACGGCAAGCUCUGCGCCUGCAAGCCCAUCAGCGAGGAGGACCUCGCCUCCUUCAUCGCGGACUGCAUCUUCGACCAGGAGAAGGCUAACAAGGUUCUCCCAAUCGGAGGGCCGGGGAAGGCCCUCACGCCGCUGGAGCAAGGGGAGAUGCUGUUCCGGCUGCUCGGGCGCGAACCCAGGUUCCUCAGGGUGCCCAUUCAGGUCAUGGAUGGUGUCAUCUGGGUGCUUGAUGGACUGGCUAAGGUUUUCCCGGGGCUGGAGGAUGCCGCCGAGUUCGGCAAAAUUGGGAGGUACUAUGCGUCGGAGAGCAUGCUAGUGCUGGAUCCCGAGACCGGGGAGUAUAGCGACGACAAGACGCCGAGCUAUGGCAAAGACACGCUCGAGCACUUCUUCGAGAAGGUGAUAAGGGAAGGAAUGGCAGGGCAGGAGCUAGGCGAGCAGACCAUCUUCUAG